GACAAAAUGCAUGUGCCUCCAGUCCCUCUAAAUGUCUUGACUGCUCCCUGGCCAUUCGAGAUGUGGGGCAUCGAUAUGAUUGGAGAAAUUAAACCUAUGGCUUCUAAUGGGCAUCGCUUCAUCCUGGUGGCCAUUGACUAUUUCACAAAGUGGGUUGAGGCAGCUUCUUUCGCUUCCGUUACCAAGAAUGUCGUGGCCCAUUUCAUCAAACAGAAUCUCAUAUGUUGGUACGGCAUCCCAGAGAGAAUCAUCAUAGACAAUGGUACGAAUCUCAACAAUACUAUGAUCACCGAACUAUGUGCGCAAUUCAAGAUCUAG